CAGCCUCCGGUCACGUGACGGCGGCCCAGGUGAGCACCGCUUCCGGGGUCGGGAGCCUGGUUUGCCGCCGGCUCCGGCUUCCACUCCGUCGGGUGCACGGGAGAGGGAGACUAUGGCGUCCUCCUCUGUCCCGCCGGCCACCGUACCGGCGGCGACAGCGACCCCGGGCCCGGGUUUCGGCUUCGCCUCCAAAACCAAGAAGAAGCAUUUCGUGCAGCAGAAGGUGAAGGUGUUCCGGGCGGCCGACCCGCUGGUGGGCGUGUUCCUGUGGGGCGUAGCCCACUCGAUCAAUGAGCUCAGCCAGGUGCCUCCCCCCGUGAUGCUGCUGCCAGACGACUUUAAGGCUAGCUCCAAGAUCAAGGUCAACAAUCACCUUUUCCACAGAGAAAAUCUGCCUAGUCAUUUCAAGUUCAAGGAGUAUUGCCCCCAGGUCUUCAGGAACCUCCGUGAUCGAUUUGGCAUUGACGACCAAGAUUACCUGGUAUCCCUCACCCGAAGUCCCCCGAGUGAAAGUGAAGGCAGCGACGGUCGCUUCCUUAUCUCCUACGAUCGAACUCUGGUCAUCAAAGAAGUAUCCAGUGAGGACAUUGCUGAUAUGCAUAGCAACCUCUCCAACUACCACCAGUACAUUGUGAAGUGCCAUGGGAGCACACUGCUGCCCCAGUUCCUGGGGAUGUACCGGGUCAGCGUGGACAAUGAAGACAGCUACAUGCUUGUGAUGCGUAACAUGUUUAGCCACCGUCUUCCUGUGCACAGGAAGUAUGACCUCAAGGGCUCCCUAGUAUCCCGAGAAGCCAGCGAUAAGGAAAAGGUUAAAGAACUACCCACCCUUAAGGAUAUGGAUUUUCUCAACAAGAACCAGAAGGUUUAUAUUGGUGAAGAGGAGAAGAAAGUAUUCCUAGAGAAGCUAAAGAGAGAUGUGGAGUUCCUAGUGCAGCUGAAGAUCAUGGACUACAGCCUUCUGCUGGGCAUCCACGACAUCAUUCGGGGCUCUGACCCAGAGGAGGAGGGGCCUGUGCGGGAGGAGGAGUCAGAGGGGGAUGGGGACUGUGGCCUGACAGGACCACCCGCUCUGGUGGGCUCCUAUGGCACCUCCCCUGAGGGUAUCGGCGGCUACAUCCAUUCUCAUCGGCCCCUGGGCCCUGGAGAGUUUGAGUCCUUCAUUGACGUCUACGCCAUCCGGAGUGCUGAGGGGGCCCCCCAGAAGGAGGUGUAUUUCAUGGGUCUCAUCGACAUCCUGACACAGUAUGAUGCCAAGAAGAAAGCAGCUCAUGCAGCCAAAACUGUCAAGCAUGGGGCUGGGGCAGAGAUCUCUACUGUCCAUCCUGAGCAGUAUGCUAAGCGAUUCCUGGAUUUCAUUACCAACAUCUUUGCCUAAGAGACUGCCUGACUCCAUGCUGACUGCUGCUUUAUCUUCAAGGUGGCAGGGUUCUGAGAGGCUUAGGGGAAUUGUGGAUAUGCUGAUCACUACUUCUUCUUUUCCUCCUUUGUUAAAUUCCAGCUACAGGCUCCUUCCAUCCAGAUAACUCCAUCUUGUUGAGUAAACUCUUCCUGACCCUCAGAAAUACAUUGUCCUAUCUCCCCCUGUCCAGUUUUCUUCCUUUUCUCCCUCCCCUCCAACCAUUCUGCUUGCUUCAUUAGAGUGUUACUAUUGACUCACUCCCAAGUGCCUUGAUCUUUGUAAAUGUCCUGUUGUUUCUAGAACAUAGGACGAGAUGGGGGAAGGGGGUUACUUGCCACCUUCAGGACCUGACUGGACAGAUGGACCUGGCUCAAGCAACUACUCUGGAUGCACUUUGCUGUGUGGGAUGAACUAAGAGUGUCUGUAUUUUGCUGAUAACUUUAUAGAACUCACUGUGGCAUGCUUCCUUCCCAGUAGGCCCUGGGAUGGAGGACUUUCAAGAUACUACAGUUGUGGGUGCUGGCAUGCACACAUGUGAUGGGAUAUGGCCCAUCUUACUAAUGGGGUGGGGAGUGGCGAGCCGGCUGGCACCUCACAGAGGUGGGACCCACGAGGACGCUUGAAAUUAUGCAGGGAACUGGAAAAGGUGUCUGUCAAGAAUUGAUUCCUCUCCAGUCUCUUCCCUCACCCUACUUCCAACCUCCACCCCUGUACUUCUGGGUACAAGAGCCCAGAGAUGGCCAAAGUGUUCAAGCCUGGGUGAAGACAUUGGACUGUUAUUGCUCUUCACCAGGACCUCACACCCCUCCUGGGGCUGGAACCCUUCAGUGGGGGGGUGUGGGCAGUUUUGGAGGCUGGGAUGAUGGGCCAGGGUAAAAGGUUCAUUCCCAGUGCUAAAUUUCCUCUCUUCAUGUCUAGCCAUUCCUGAGGUUUUAUUCCCAGCAGAAGGGAAUAUCUCCACCUGGGUCAAUCCUGGUCAUUUCAAGAGGAUGAAGGACUCAAGUGUGGGAUCCUCCUCUACUCCUUGGAGGUGUGCACCUAGCAUACUUCCUUCUCAGUCCCUUCUCAAAUCCUUUCUCCAGUUGGAUUUGUUAUUCUGUUCUUUUCUGUCUCAUACUGCUACUGUGUCUCCCAAGGGACAGAUGGACUUCUUUGUCAUCUUCACUCUCUACCCCAAGAGAGGAGUCAGAGCCAGAACUCAAAUCACCCAACCCCCUCCAAAGAGUUGAAAUGACAUGGGAUAGUCUCAGAAUGUAGAGGACUCUGAUGACCCAGAUAGUGUCCUCCCCACCCCCUGAUGCCUUUGGGGCUAAGGCAACCUUUCUUGCUACUCUCCACUUGAUCCCCUUUAUGGCUUCCAUGCUUUUUCUUAACAUAAAGAUGGGCACUAAUAACUGGCCUGUGGGGGUGCAAGUGUUCUUUGCACUGUAUAUAGCUGGGCUGAUUUGUCUUACAAGAAGUCAUACAGUCAUAAAGGAGAAUUCCUCUCUCCCCUCCAUCUUCUCCAAAGGAAGUAACAAGAGGAAUCCACAGUUAAGGAUUAGAGCCCCUAUAAUAUCUUCCCCAUCAGGGGCCCGCUGAUCUUUUUCAUUCCAGCCGUCUACCUUUCCCCUGUUGAAUGCAAUAAAACUCCAUGACACCAGCAGCUGUCGCUCUUUAGAAAUUGGUUUUCUGACCAUGUGGCUGAUGUAUCAUAAGCAGUAUGGUCUUCAUUUUGUUGCUUCUGUUUUUCAUCUUUUUUGUUUCAUUAAUUAAUAAAAAAGAUCUUGUGUAUUUACUCCCAUUACUGUCACUAUAUAGGAAAUAAACUAUUGAAUCCAUA